AUGUCUUUAUCAUCCUCCCAGCUUUUACCCAAUGUGGACGAUUUACAAAUUCAGUUCGAUAAAUGUGUUGUUUUCAAUAGCAAAUUUGCAGGAAAAGCAGAAGAGGAAGACUAUUUAAAACUUCUCGGAUGUUGUCCUUCUCAACUCUCUCUCAAUGACAAGAUGAUUAGCGUCGGAGUUGUCGAGGCUCUAUCAGGAUUUGCAACAACAUUUGGAUCUGAUGUAGUUUGUGAUUCGUUAUUCAGCGAUAAUUCAAAAUAUGUAUUUAUUGAAGUAGAGCCUGGAUAUUGGAUGGCUUUAUUUGUAAAAUGUAAUUCUAAUCGACCAUCAACUCCAUCACCAAACUCUCCUCUCAACUCUGGAAGUACUGAACCUAUUCAAGAUUUUUCGGGAUAUAGCGAUGAUAAUUUACCAUACUCAAUUUUAAAAUCAAAAUUACAAGAUGCAUAUCAAACAUUUAAGAUUUUCCAUGGUGAGAUGGACCACAUUGUGAAAAGUGAAGGUGUCCAAAGUUUGAGAGUGAAAUUAGAUUUAUUUCUAGAGAGUUAUUGGAAAAAUUUUGUAUUUAAUAAUUGGAAUAUCAUGGACAUUUUAGGUGGAAUUCAAUUUCUUCCAGUUCCAACCAAUGAUUUUCUUGCUAUUCAAUCGUUUAUUCAUCAAACGAUUUCAAAGUUUAGCAGUUUUAACAAGUCAAAAUCUCAAAAACAAAACGACUCUGAACCCACCUCACUUUCUGUCAUUCGGGGUUGUUUAUUUAUUUUUGAUACCUAUUUAGUGUUCAAUGGAAUAGCCAAAGAAGAUAGCAGAACAGUUGCUCAAUAUCUUCCAUACAUUGUGGAGGAGCGUUUAAAGUAUCUUCCUCAAAAUGUACUACUAAAUUCAGCUAAUGGUUUCUUUGUAACGGGACCAGAGGAUAUUCAAUCACCCACAACACGAUUUAGUGCGCCACGAGUAUACAUUGGAGAACCAAGAAGCGAAUCAAGUGUGAUCAUAUAUAAGCUCAAUAGACUUCAGUUAGUUUUGUUUGUUGACCCGACAGUUGCUUCACAGUUGUCUUUCUAUACAAGCCUUAGAGAUUUUAUUUAUCCUGAAUUACAAACCAUUUACAAAGAUCUUUGUGACAACAUUUACAAAGGAGAUGGUAAUGUGAUGAAAUACAUAUUUUUCAACGGAUCGAGUUUUGCUUUGAAAACAAGUCUCAAUUUUCAAAAUACCUCCAUGCUGUUGAAGGAGUCUUUACAAGAAUUGUGUCAUUUGAGAUCAUACGCUAAAUUUAAUGAUUCAAAAGAAAUUAUUGUGAGGAACAAAAAAGAAAGCUGGAUCGCUUUCAAAAUUAUUGGCGGCAAAGAAUUCUUCUUUAUAUUCGACCAAAAGAAUGCAACGCUGUCUGAUGUGCAGCAACAAAUGGAAAAAGCAAGCGUAUUGUUUAAUUCCAGUAAAUAA